AGCCGUGAUUUUCACGGCUUACGCCCUUACUUCACUUUCAUUUUUCCAUUCGUUGUAGUCUCUUUUGAAGACGUAUCAGCUAUCAAAAUGAGUGACUCCAAGAAAAAUUUGCUUCUAUUCUUCGACCGGCCGACAGAGCCGUGCUUUAUGCAGAAGGGAGAAGAGAAAACGGUCUUCGACAUACCUGACCAUUAUUACCCCGAGAAGUACAAGGCAUUAAGUAACACAUUGUCGAACCGAUUCGGGAAUGACGCUCGUCACAUCCCCGUACGCAACAUCGCCUUGCCCAAUCUAGACUUGCCUAUGCAGCUCAGUUACAGUGAACAAUUUUCGCUGUUUGUGCCUAAACAUCGCCAGAUGGCGGGCAAACUGAUUGAUAUCUUCCUCGGAAUGCGCAAUGUGGACGACUUAAUAUCUGUCUGCUCUUACUGUCAGCUUCGCAUUAACCCCUACAUGUUCAACUAUUGCCUCUCUGUUGCUCUGUUGCACAGACCCGAUACAAAGGGAUUGAAUAUCCCGACUAUUACUGAGAUUUUCCCGGAUAAGUUUGUGGACCCAAAAGUGUUCCGCCGCGCGCGAGAGGUCGCCACUGUUGUGACAUCUGGUCCUAGGUUGCCGAUCGUAUUGCCACAAAACUACACGGCAUCUGACGCAGAGCCGGAACAGCGUUUGGCGUACUUCCGCGAGGACGUCGGCAUCAACCUCCACCACUGGCAUUGGCAUCUCGUGUACCCAUUCGAGUCUGCUGACCGUGCUAUCGUUGCGAAAGACAGGCGUGGAGAGCUGCUUUACUAUAUGCACCAGCAGAUCAUUGCCAGAUACAACAUCGAGCGUUUCUGUAACAAGUUGCCUCGCGUCGUACCUUAUGGUUCCGAUUUAAGAGAGAAUAUCAAAGAGGCUUACUUCCCCAAACUUGAUUCUCAAGUCGCCAGCAGAGCUUGGCCUCCGAGGUUCGAAUUUUCGUCCAUCCAAGAUCUUGACAGACCCGUGGAUCUAAUCAAGAUUGAUAUCUCAGAGAUGGAAACGUGGAGGUCACGCAUUCUUGAAGCAAUCGACAGCAAUUCCAUUCUUUUACCAAAUGGACGUCGAAUGCCACUUGACGAAGAGAAGGGCAUUGAUAUUCUCGGAGAUCUGAUGGAGGCGUCAAUGCUCAGUCUAAAUCGCGCGUACUACGGCGACUUGCAUAACAUGGGCCAUAUCUUCACGUCCUAUGCUCAUGACCCUGAUCAUCGUAACUUGGAACAAUUCGGUGUGAUGGGUGAUCCGUCUACGACGAUGCGUGAUCCCCUGUUCUACAGAUGGCACUGUUUUGUUGACGAUGUCUUCGUCUUGUACAAGAACAAACUCCCACCUUACGGCGAUGAUAAGUUGGAUUUCCCGGGUAUUCGCGUGUCAUCUUUAUCAGUAGAAGGCAAGGCUGGAAGGAAUACGUUUGGGACACAAUGGGAGCAGAGUACGGUGGAGCUGGGACGUGGACUGGACUUUACUCCUCGAGGCAGUGUGUUGGCGCGUUUCACUCAUCUACAACAUGAAGAGUUCGAUUAUGUUAUCGAGGUAGACAACUCAUCUGGACAAGCUGCAAUGGGAACCGUGCGUAUCUUCAUGGCACCAAUCGCUGACGAGUCAGGAAAUAGGUUCCCCUUCAACGAACAAAGGAAACUCAUGAUCGAACUGGACAAGUUCUCGCAAGGCUUACGUCCAGGAAAGAACACAAUACGUCGUCGCAGCGUAGACUCCUCUGUGACUAUACCAUUCGAGCGCACAUUCAUGAACCAGAACAGUAGACCUGGUGAACCUGGCUCAGCGCAGGCAGCUGAGUUCGACUUCUGCGGUUGCGGCUGGCCACACCACAUGCUGCUGCCCAAGGGCGACAACAACGGAUACCCCAUGCAACUCUUUGUUAUGGUGUCAAACUGGGCUGAAGAUGGCAUUAACCAAGAUCUUGUUGGAUCUUGCAACGAUGCUGCCUCGUACUGCGGUAUUAGAGACCGCAAGUACCCUGACAGGCGCGCUAUGGGCUUCCCCUUCGAUAGGCCUGUGCCUACAGGAGUACGGACCGUCAACGACUUUUUGAGGCCCAACAUGGCGAUCACAGACUGCAAGAUACGCUUCACUGAUGCAGUCAGAGUAAGAGGUGGACAAUGAGUCAACUAGAGUCGAUGUUGUAAACGGCAAUGGCGAGGAAAAAUGGAUAAUUUAGAUGUAAUGGGUCAAUUAAUUUUAAUAAAGCUCUGUAAAUAUUUGUACAUUGUUAAUACUUUAUGAUUCAUAAGACUGAAUAAAUCUAAUCUUUCACCAAA